AUGAUAAAUAUUACAGUAUUACUGUGUAUUACAGACACCGAAAAUGACUGUUCAACAGAAGGAGUUACACAUAUAUUGGACGAAAAUGAGUCCAACGAUCCCUCGGAUCAGAAACAAGAUAUUUCUAGAGGUUAUCUAAGUUUUUCAGAAAAUUCAACGCCUUCACGCUGGAAAAAGUUCAUUCUAAUAAGAAAAGGGACCGGGAGAAAACAAGAAGAAAUCUGGGCCAUAGGUACAAAACAUACCAAGGGACUGAAAUGGAACCUAAAGCUAUUGGAGAACCAUGACGAAAAUGAGUCCAACGAUCCCUCGGAUCAGAAACAAGAUAUUUCUAGAGGUUAUCUAAGUUUUUCAGAAAAUUCAACGCCUUCACGCUGGAAAAAGUUCAUUCUAAUAAGAAAAGGGACCGGGAGAAAACAAGAAGAAAUCUGGGCCAUAGGUACAAAACAUACCAAGGGACUGAAAUGGAACCUAAAGCUAUUGGAGAACCAUGACGAAAAUGAGUCCAACGAUCCCUCGGAUCAGAAACAAGAUAUUUCUAGAGGUUAUCUAAGUUUUUCAGAAAAUUCAACGCCUUCACGCUGGAAAAAGUUCAUUCUAAUAAGAAAAGGGACCGGGAGAAAACAAGAAGAAAUCUGGGCCAUAGGUACAAAACAUACCAAGGGACUGAAAUGGAACCUAAAGCUAUUGGAGAACCAUGACGAAAAUGAGUCCAACGAUCCCUCGGAUCAGAAACAAGAUAUUUCUAGAGGUUAUCUAAGUUUUUCAGAAAAUUCAACGCCUUCACGCUGGAAAAAGUUCAUUCUAAUAAGAAAAGGGACCGGGAGAAAACAAGAAGAAAUCUGGGCCAUAGGUACAAAACAUACCAAGGGACUGAAAUGGAACCUAAAGCUAUUGGAGAACCAUGUAAAUGCAAAAACAAAUGUAGAACAAGCCUGA